AAGCAUUCCAAGUUCUUGCUCGAUGCUGGCUAGCAUAACGGUCAGUUUAGUCUCGCCGGUUCUUCUCAACACCUCGUUCAAGUGCGUAAAUCCUCUGACCUACUCGUAGUGCAGUUUAUUUGACGAUGAAUCCUAAUUUUGCAACAGACAAACGUUCUCGGUCCAGCAAUCGUACGGAACAGCAGUGUCCCGUGCAAAUGUUUUCCGUUCCGCCACCUGCAAUUCCACCGCCAAAUACUGUCCCACUGCUGAUGAUUCGGUCCCCGAUGCCUCCGGUGUGGAUAUACACCGGUCCCCCGAGCUAUGACCAGAUGCAGUUCAAUUUUAGUUGCUCAUCUGGAAAUUCGUUCCUUAGCAACCACCACCAUACUGCUGCUACAUCUGCUGCCGGACCAUCGACAUCGUCGGUUGUUUCAUCAUCGUACGAAUUCAGGAUGUCGAGCAUUAUCCAAAACAACCCGUUCAUCAUGGCGGCUGCCGGGUCGGAACAAGAAACCGCAGUAAGCUCCAUAUCAUCGAUGAAAAAAUCACCGCCUACUACGGCGUGUCUUCUCGAACAAUUUCCCGAGCUGGUGCGGACCGCACUGGAGGGAUGCAAGAAGGCGGAACAACUUGCCCAGAACCACCAGAAGCGGCCCUGCUUCAAGAAGAUUGACAGUCUGUGUGCCCGGCUCAAGCAGGACCUGGUGAAGGUGGAUAACGUGAUGUCGAACAUCAACUCGCAGGGUUUGGCCUGGGCGGUGAAAGAUUUCAUCUUCGUGUUCACCCGGAUCAUGAACGCGUGGCUCAUCAUCAAGGGGUACGUGCCGAACAAGCCGGAAGGCAUGCUGACGAUCCAGCGCGAACUCUGUCCCAACUUUUUGGACGCAUUUGGGCGCUGGCAUGAGGCAACGCACGAACUCAUCCAUUCGCUGAUCCAAUCGUUCACCAACCUGAACAAGCUGGCCAAACAGCAGCGCAGUGGGGGGAACAUUUUUGCCAAGCCCGAAGAACAGCCAUCCGGUUCCGGUGAGGGUGCUGCUGCAAGCGGUACUACCGGUGAGCAGCAGCCUCAGCAGCAGCCGCCAUCAGCGCACGAUCUGCUGCUCGGUGAGAUUGGGGAAACUGAACCGCUCAACUCACUUGGCGAGGGAUCUUACAUUAAGGCUGGCGUUUAUCACUUCAAUCCUCCACCCGGAUUCGAGGAAAAAACUCCGACCGAACAACAACGCGCUCAAGCAUCGGCCGAAGGAUCGCCCGUUGCAGCUGUUGCUCCGACUAGUCCAAAGCAUGCUACGAUUACCCACAGCGAUGAUUCCAGCAACACCACAGCCAGCCCGAAAACUGAGCGUCAGCCAGUGGAAACUUUCUUUCGGAAAACUUGGACGGACUGCAUUAAAUGGGUGGUGGAUGAAGUUCGUGCGAUCGAGGAAGGCCAAUAUUUCUAUUGCAUUAAUUUUGCCAAAAAUUAUUUUCCCGGUUUCCAUCUGAUUGCAUCGGACAUGAUAGAUCUGCGCCAAGUGUACCGGAAGCAUCAUGCGGGACAGUACACGACGAUGGCUGAGGUGAUCGAUGAUUUGAGGCAGAUUGUAGAUACCUGCAAGCUGUACGUUGAAGUUUCGACCGAGUUUGAGAUUUGGACACCGAGCGAACCUGUUCCGGACAGCAGCACCGCCAUACAACGGCAGGAGUGGGAAAACUUUACAAAAAUUCAAAAUUUUAUCGCCAAAAUGGAAUGUCUGCUGGCGCUCAUUUGUGCCAAGGGCCGAUCGGCAAUGACGGACCGUGGUACGGAUGGUCGUUCGCUCGUUUGUGGCACGGACAACGGUCAGCGGGCGGCCUAAUUUCGAAUUAAGUUUUUCGUUGCAGGAUGGUGCAGGAUAUGCCAAUUAUUCUCUCUUUAGACUUUAGACACCAGUACAAAACUGCUAACCGGAUAUCAGGACGCUAAUCUAAAUGUAUAAUCGUAAUAUAUUAAAUGACUUACUUACUUACUUACUUAUGCGGCGUUACAACUACUUGGCGGUCUUGGUUAGCUGCAACAAUUGCUAGCUGACCGUUAUGGCGGUCUGAAAGGACUUUACGGGCUGGGUCGUCCGAUGUCAUUCUAAUGACAUGAUCAUCUCACCGAAGCCUGUCGAGUCUAACUAUCUGUACGAUGGUGAGAUCAUCUCCAUUGUCCUUCCACAUAUACGGGGCCAAACAUCCUUCUGAACGUGGCUAAGAGGGUUUCGUCAGUUUUUUUAUCUGAGUCCAUGUCUCAGAGGCGUUGCAGGGCUGCUAUUGGCUGGCUCCACUACCUUUUUUUCGCCUCGUUAAUCUCCAGAACCCGAGGUUCUGUGCCGCACGCUUGAUCUUUUGAUAAGCUUCUGCCUACAUAGCAGAGCCUCAAACCAGUGAGCGUCUAUGUCAUCAACGUAUGCCAGGAUCUGGGCUGACUCGUAGAUGAUGGUCCCCGAAGAUUCCACCUCCGAGCCGCUGAUGGCAUCUCUCUAGCGCCAGAUUGAAAGGAAGACAGGCCCUGGGUGGUAGCAAAGGGCCCUGAGAGUUUUCCAUCCACCUCCAUCUGGCAUGUAAUGUUGGCCAUCGUCAUUCUUACCCUCCUGGUAAGCUUGGGCGGGAUUCCAAAAGAGCUCAUUGCGUCGUAUAGUUUUACCCCGGGCUAAAAUCAAUGAGGUAAGAUGGUAGGAGAUGGAGCUGCUGCUCCGCCAUCUUCUCCAUGGUUUGCUGCAUCGUCAUGACCUCGUCAGUGAUUGAUUUUCCAUUUCGGAAUCCUCGAUAACAGUUUCCAACUAUCUCUUGAACGGAAGGGCAGAUCGACCUUUUAGAUAUAAGUUCUUUGAUUAGAAAUUAGCGAUUAAUUAUUUAGUUCCACCUCUUAUAAUUUUGAAACAUUGUUUUAAACUGUUUGCUAUCU